AUUAACCUAAUAAUUACUGUUACUAUCAAUGUACUAUUAGCCUCACUUUUAGUAUUAAUUGCCUUUUGAUUACCCCAACUGAACCUGUACAUCGAAAAAGCUAGCCCCUAUGAAUGUGGCUUUGAUCCAAUAAGCUCAGCCCGACUACCUUUCUCAAUAAAAUUUUUCCUCAUCGCUAUUACUUUCCUUAUCUUUGAUCUAGAAAUUGCUCUUUUACUUCCUCUACCAUGAGCGAUCCAAUCAAAUAACCUUAUAUUAAUAUUAAGUAUAGCCUUGUUCUUAGUAGUAAUCUUACCCCUUGGUCUCGCCUACGAAUGAACCCAAAAAGGCUUAGAAUGAAUAGAAU